AUGGUACUUGACCAUUUUCACAGGAAAUCUUCGCGACUGAGCUCGCCUGGUGACAAUUGGAUCAUCAGCGUAAACCCGCAAAACCAACUUAGAACCAUUGCGUUUGCCUGGUCCACCCAGUGCUCAAUCGCCAUGGCGUCCGAGAUUGGGUUGUUGAGCAAGAGACUGCUCACCUGCUCCAUCCGUAGUCCUUAUAUGCGAGCUUCACAAGUUGUUGUUCGCCAGCAGCCUCUGUGGACGCAACCCCGAUGCUUCUCGACCUCGAUUGUCCUGAGCAACUCUUCCUCCUCGAACAAGAACCCCUUCUCUGCCAAGCAGCAGCCGUCUACUUCAGCGACUUCUGCGCAAACAACGCCUCCUCCCCCUCCACCCGCCUCCGCUGCUGCUGCUGCUGCUGCUGCUGCUGCUGCUGCUGCACCUCCCGCCGAGAAGCAGGCCAACUCGCCCUUCACGUACGAUGCCACCUCGGAUGCUUUCGACAUCUCCAAGAUCAUCGCCAUGGAGUCCGAUGAGUUCCUGAAGAAGCAUUACCCCAUCGGCCAGCAGGAACCCGAGCUGCGCACGCGUCCCGCGACAGGUCGUACAAUUCACGUCGGCGGCAACCAAGAUUUCUCCAGGGCCAUCAAGACGCUGGAAAUGCAAGUCAAGAGGAACAAGAUCAAGGCCAUCUGGCACAGGCAGAAGCGCCACGAGCGCCCGGGUUUGAGGCGCAAGAGACUCAAGGGCGAGAGAUUUAAGAAGCGGUUCAAGGAGGGAUUCGUGGCGGCCGUGAAGCGCGUGCAGGAGUUGACGAACCAGGGCUGGUAG